CAGCCUCUCCUCUUCGUUUCGCGCGAUCCCUACUGAUAAAGACUUCCAUUUCUUUUACAAUUUCGAUGAGUUCAAGCAGCCAAUCCAAGAAAUCGCUGAGAAAUCGCAGUCCAUGCUUCAAAGCAUUGGCUCCUCGGCACAAGUUAGAGGCAAACCUGUGAAAUUCUCCGAGGAAGUUGAUACUGACGAGGCCUACGAUAUACUUGUAAACUUUAACGACGAAAUCUUGGAGCAAUUUGAUAUGUCGACGGACGAGUUUGAAGGAAUUCGCAAGAAGGAAGAGGAAGUGGGCCGGUCUCUGGGAACGGUGGCUGAUUGUGAAGAUGGAUUUGUGAUGGUGCUCGGAAAGAAAAAGAAAGGUCCUAACAACUCGCUGAGUGAGUCUUCAGCACCGAGUGGAAAUGAGGAAUUGAGUGGGGUGAAGGUGGCCUCGAGGGAUAAUAAGGCUUCUGCGACCGGGAAGGCGAAAGUUCCGUUUCAUAUACCGACAAUAAGAAGGCCACAGGAUGAAUAUCACAUCGUGGUGAAUAACACGAACCAGCCGUUUGAACAUGUUUGGUUGGCAAGGAGUGAGGACGGUCUUCGGUGUAUUCAUCCACUGGAGAAGCACUCUGUUUUAGAAUUUGUGGACAAAGAUGUUGGGGUUAUUGAGCCUGUCUUGCCCCCCACAAUGGAAAGUACUCCAUUCAAACUUGUGGAAGAAGUCAAAGAUUUGAAGGAGUUAGCUGCUAAGCUACGGAAUGUAAAUGAAUUUGCGGUUACUAAGGCUAGAAACCUAGUAAGCAAGCUUAUAGCUUGCUUUAGGGGCUUCACUGUGGCCUUAACCCGACUCCAAACAUGGGACUGUGACAAAUUGGUAUUGGAGCCAACAGUCAUGGGGAUCUCAAGACCUUUCAACAGCAAUUUGGACUCUUCUAAAACAAUAAGAGCAGGAUUGAACACAGACAAAUUAAUGACAACAGGAGAUCCUAGUGCAUAUUGGGAAUUUGUUUCGAAAACUAUCAGCACCUAA